GCUCUCCACAACAAUCAGGAAGUACUGCAUCGCUGAGCAUUGAGGAAACAAAUAAAUUGCGUGCUAAAUUAGGACUGGCUCCUCUUGAUGUUGGGACGGAAAAGAAACCUGACGAUGGGACUCCACAGUUUCUUAACAGUGACGAAAACUUUGUACACGUGCCGGCUAAAAAUAUCAGCGAAAUACGCAGGACUGAACAAAUUCAAGAAAAACUUAAGACUAUGCGCGAAAAAAGGGAACUUAUGGAAAAGUUACGCGAGGCCCAGCCGCUUUCUGCCGGUGACGAGGUUAAUACCAUGUCCUGGGUCGAGAAAAUGCGGCUUAAAGAGAAAGAAAGACGUGCCGCAGAGGAAAGAGAAAAACUUCUUUCCGAAAUGGAUGAAGAAUUUGGUGUGUCACAACUCGUACAGGCGAAACUUUCCGCUUCGAAUGAGUACGCUUCACGGGAUUUAGAAGGACUGAAAGUGGAGCAUAAAGCCGAUCGUCUUAUUGAGAGCGGACCUAUCAUUUUGACUCUCAAAGACAAGGGCGUUUUGGAUGAAGAUGCGGACGAUGUUCUUGUUAACGUGAACAUAAUUGACGAUGAAAAGGCAGAAAAGAAUCGGGAGAACAAGCGCAAGACGGCCGGCCUCGGUGGAAUUCUGCAGGACGAAGACGAUGAUGUCAUAAUGGGUUUACGCGCCAAGGGCGUUCUGGAAAAGUAUGACGCAGAAAUCGAUGGCCCUAAGAAACAAGAAUUUGUUUUGGGAUCGGGUGGUUCCUAUUCUUCUGAGCACGAGUUAGCUAUGCGUAGACUUCAACAAGAACUUCAGUCCUCCGCACAUUCAGCCAAUGACUAUGAAGUGCGUGUUGCGAGCGAAUACUUCUCUGCUGCCGAGAUGGAACAAUUUAGAAAGCGAAAACGCAAGACCAAAGUUCAGCGCCGCAAGCUCACGGCUGACGAUCUCAUAAGUGCCAGUUUUAAUGAACCCGCAGUCAAUGGGGCCGGUGGCCGGCGAGAUCAUGGAAGCCGUCGUCGUGGUGCCCCCACCGCGGAAGAGGAACCGGAGGAGGGUGAAGUGGUCCAUGACUCCGGGGCGAAUCGCGUUGACCGUGCUGGGAAAACGGAGGAGGAAGAGGACAGGAAACCGUCAACAACAGCGGCCCUAACUACCGACACAGGCCUCAAUCCCGCCAUCGCAGCUCUGUUGGAGGCACGCACGGUCUCCGAAGACGUUGACGAUAGAGGUAAAACCUUUUAA